CGGCCGCGGAGCAGCACCCUCCCCUCUGCGCGCCCCGGGGGUCGGCGUGGGCGUCGGGGAAGCCGAGACGUGCCGGGUGAGGAUGGCAGGCUUCCUGGACCACUUCCGCUGGCCGGACUGCGAGUGCGUGGACUGGGGCGAGCGGAGGAAUGCCCUGGCCUCCGUGGCCGCCGGCGUCCUGUUUUUCACAGGCUGGUGGGUGAUGAUCGACGCAGCGGUGGUGUACCCCAAGCCCGAGCAGCUGAACCACGCCUUUCACACGUGCGGUGUGUUCUCCACGCUGGCUUUCUUCAUGAUAAACGCCGUGUCCAAUGCUCAGGUGAGAGGCGACAGCUACGAGAGCGGCUGUUUAGGAAGAACAGGUGCUCGGGUCUGGCUCUUCAUCGGUUUCAUGUUGAUGUUCGGGUCGCUCAUUGCUUCCAUGUGGAUUCUCUUUGGCGCAUAUGUUACCCAAAAUGCUGAUGUUUAUCCAGGGCUAGCUGUGUUUUUUCAAAAUGCACUUAUAUUUUUAAGAGUCAGCUGCUUGGUUCCAGUAUCAGUUCUGAAGACGCACAAGCAAACAGCUCGGAGUAGCUGAGAUAAGCGAUGAGCCAUGAAGAAGGGCGUUGCAGCACGUUGUAAUUUACUUUGUCUUAAAAAUGAGAUUUUAAAAAGGAAACAUGUUUGUUCUUAUGUGAUCAAGAAGUGGACUUUUAUAUGAAGAUUUUUUAAAUGCUGAAGGACUAGUUUGAAAGCCUUUCCAACAAUGAUUCCUUUAAUAUCGCCUCUGUUCGAGGAGGGACGGCCCAGUCUGUGUCACCCGGAAAAGACCAAGGCAGCCAGCAGCGUGCUUCUUACACAAGCACCUUAGACGGUCCACCUGCUGGGUUCUCGACAGCCUGCAUUACCUACAUCACACAAUUCCGCGUCAGGGAGUCGCAGACCACUGCUCUUCCAAAGCCUGCGCCUGCGGCAGAAAGCGAACAGCUGGUGUGGAGAUGAGCGCUCCUCCCGCAGGGAAUCGCUGGGCCCAGCGAACAGUAGGCGCCCCCGUCGGUACCUGCCAGCCUCUGCCCCAGCUUCUGCCCCAGCUUCCCGCAAACCUCUGCGAGGCGGAGCUGCCGUCUGAACCUUCCCUCCCGCUCCAAGCGCCGUUGCUCCGGGCGUCCCCGUGGGGAUGCGGCGGGCACGGGGCGUUGCUUUCCCGUCCCGCAGGGUUUGCGCACGUUUCCCCAGGGACUGCAGAGCCUGCCGCUGGACGCAGCAGAGUAGCGUGGUACCCGCCUGGGCAGCUCCGCCUGCGGCCUCCCGGGGUUCGCCUUCCUUCCGCCCGCCCCAGGGUGCGAGGGCGCCGUGCAGCGGGAGCGGCGGCGGCCUCGGCCUGGACCGGCCCAAGUGCUUGCUCGCUGUUGCCCCUCAGGAUGUCGGAACGCGCCUCCCCGCGCACUAAGCCGAGCCAUUGUUUCCAUUCUCUGUAACCUGUUGCAAUAAACAGCUACUGC